GGCUGUUCUUACAACGAGCAAAUGGCGAGUUCACGAACGUCAUUGUGGGGAAGAACUUUGGUGUGUCAUCGCCAUCUUGUGCGUCAACAUCAGAGUUCUGCUUCAAGAUGUGCGCUGCGAAGGUGGUCAUCUUCACAAGCAACGGCAUUGGCCGAGCCCUCUGAUAAUUCCACACAACAGCAUCAGAGCAAGCAGUCUUCUCCCCUACCUCCCACCUCAACUAUACCCAGCACGCCGCGCCAGUCCGACCUUGGGAAUCGAAAAGUCUCCUCUAUAGGCCCUUCUGUAAAAGCGAAGUCAUCCUCCUUCCCUCUACCUGUUCUUUUUGAUAAAAAAGCAUCCUCUCUCGCGGCCGAAAUCGCUGAAUAUCCCUGGCUUCUCAGCAUUUCUCCUUCCAGACGUGCUCGUCCCACAUUUUGGUCAGCUCUGAGAGACAAGCACUUUCUGACUGUUGGAACUGCCCGUGCGCGGAAACAUCUUAAUCAUCCCACGUACGACUUCCCAGACCAAUUUUGUGAAGAUGUUUCCAUCGUAACGGAGGAGCUUUUCAAGGCAUUAUCUGCUCCUGACCGAGCAGGCGACGAAGAGUCUUUGAGAACCGUGAUGGUAAAGGCCGUAGCGGAUCGAUUCGCAGCAGGGUAUAGGACAUUAUUAAGUCAAGGGAAGCGGGUGGAAUUCUUGUUGAAUGGGAAGCCAAAGAUAACUGUAACUGGACUGCACUUUACAUAUGGACCAUACCCAGCACCAACUUCCGGGUACGUCGCCCAACAGUGGUGGAGUUUGAUCGAGCUGGUCAUACCCGAGGAAGAUUCAACGUUCAGUUCACAUCCGCGACAGAAGGAAAUUAUGCAGCGAGCUAUGGACGAUGGAGUGUUCUUCAAGGUGGAUGUCAGAGUAGAUUUGGACGUGGAGUUUGUGGUGACAGAUGUGAAGAGUGAUAUGCCAUUAAUUAGGGAUAGGAGACGACGGGUCGAAUUACAGUUCAUCAGCCCGCAUUUUACACCAUGGGACGAAGUUUUCGAGUUGGAUGCCGCAGGGGAAUGGAAGCUGAGAUGGCAAUGGAGGAUAAGUGAUGUCGACUGGAUUGUCGAGAGUAUGAUGCCAAAGGUGGAGCCAAAACAUAAGAUAGACUGGAGAGCUGAAAAGGAUGCUUAGGGCUACCCGUAGGGCUUGGUGCUGAGGUGGCUCUACUUUUCGCCAUCAUGGCGGGUAUAGAUGUAGAUAAUUGUACGGCAUAUUUACGAUAUGAAAGAUUUUCCAGUUCAUUUUCAACCCCUAACGCUGGCCCAAUCACGUCACUGUACCAAACAUCGCCUCCUUGCCGAGAAGUGAGACGUACCUCCGGAGAAUUUGGGGAUGACCUAUUCGGCAGGGAGAUAGGCCCCUCUGGGUAGUCAACAGGAUAAUUUCCUAAAGGGGAUAACGAUGAAAUCAUUUGUUAUUUGUUGUUAUGUUUGUAUUAAACCUUCCACGGUGUCUGCCC